UCAGCCCUCAUCUUCUUUGAGUACAUUGUGACUUUCUCUGAAGAAGUUCACGUCAUCUGGGGAGCCAGGUCGACCACUGUCACGAUCAUCUUUGCCCUCAACCGUUAUCUGCUCAUGGUGCAAGGCGUUAAUUUCGCACUAAAUCCCAUCUGGUGGCAUGCUCCAUUGGUAAUCGUCCUCAUCGCGCGCAUCUGCCCGGCUGUAUCCGACCUGAUCGUGGUCAUUGUCACUUGGUUCAAAACAUUCCGACUCGCCAUAGAAGUGCGGAAAUUACGGUUGGGAGGGUCGACGGCGACAUUACUUAUGAGAGAUGGUGAGUAUAUGUCUCUCUCUAAGUGCACGCGAUGUCUUACAAGAAGCCAAUUCAAGGCACGCUCUACUUCAUGUACGUCGGGCUCUGUCCUGGUGCCUUGUCAUGACUGUAUUCUUCCGCCGUUCAUUAGGGCACUUUUGCUUCUCAACGUCCUCGAGAUCGUGAUCAAAGUCCGCUACGAGAGUUCACAGGCAAGUCUACCACACAGGUGUAUGGCAAUUUAA